AGAGUGGAAGAACACGCUCAACUCAGUGAUGCUGUCGCCCGGACGACAACAUACAGUACAGAGACACAAAAGAAGCAGUGCAAACAAACAGCUGCCAACAUAACGCAAAGCCAACCAAAAAAUCCCUAGAGACUGAAAUACAAGGAGUCUAGUGUUACAGUAAGAUUUCAUGAAGUAGUUUGUGGUGUUUACAUUGAGAAACAAAGACAAGUGCUUUGACUGCAGCGCUGACGGACUCUCUGGCACAGAGGAAGUGCAAACCUUCACGUCCAUCCAGAGUGACUCAGUGGCUGCCAUGGAUUCGGAAGAUGAACCCUUGUUGCUCCAAGGUACCUGGAAUCUAAGUGAGUUUGAAGAGCAAGAGGAAGAGGAGGAGGAAGAGGAGGAGGAGGAGGAGGAGGGAGACGCAGAAACAGAACAAGCAAAUGGAGACGUGCAGGUCUGUAAAGGGGUGUGGUGGGCUUUGGGCUGGGUGUACACACAGCCCUGGGCAAGUGGGUUGGUUCUGGCCUUGGGAUUUCUGGUACCCUUCGCCCUCUCAGCUUAUAUGUUCCUUCGCUGUGAACCGCUAGACAUUGACCUUUCUUACAGCGCAUUCGAGGUCAGGAGUCAUGCCUCGGCAGAACGUUUUGAUUCUCUCGCCAUUGCCCUGAAAAGCCAGUUGGGGUCUUGGGACAGGCACAGACGUGACGCUGAGGGAUUUGACCUUGAAGCCAAUGCUCUGAGGGACCUUUUGUUGCUCAUGGUAAACAGAAAAGGGAAGGACGUCUCUACAGUGCCGAAUGUCACAGAACCUGCAGGCAUCUUAGGACAGACUGAUAUGGAAGCACACAACGAGAACAGACAGUUUGGAAAUGAGAAAAACAACAAGAUGAAAGAUGAAAAGACAGACCCUGUAAAGCCUAACAUAACAGCAAACCUCAAUUCAAGCGAUGCCGAAGAUCACAGGAAACCAGACUCACCCUUAAUGAGGAAGCGAAGAUUUGCAGGAUACUCCUACCUGCAGACUCAGGCCUUGUGGAGGAUGGAGCUAGUGUUUGUGGCCCAGGGUGACAAGGAUAACAACAUCUUCACUCCCGAACGCCUUCACACCAUACACCACGUAGAGAGACUUCUAAUGCAGCAUCCUCAGUUUCAGCAGUUCUGCUGGAAGCCACUAGAGGCAUUGCGAGACUUGCCUCUGGGACCUUCCUUCUGCUCCCCUCCAAGCUCCCUCCUGUCCUACCUCUUUCCCAGUGAGCGUGGAGGCAAGAUCUAUUAUGAUGGAAUGGGACCCGAUCUAGCUGAUAUACAUGGCGCCUUGAGCUUGGCGAUCACUCAUCCGCAGUUUUACUGGUAUGUGGAUGAGACACUCACACCAGACAAGCUUCAGUCCUCUCUCCUUCGCAGUGAGAUUCAUUUUGGAGCUCCUCUCCCCUCCUUCUACUCUCUCCAAGACAGACCCCUAGAACAGAGACGUCUCUUCAGAGACUUUGUGGUCCAGUAUGCGGACAUCCUGUCACAACAAUCCACCAGUAAAGUGAAGGUGCUGUACGGGGGUACGGAGUUAUUUGAUGAUGAGGUGCGGAAGACCUUCCACAGUGACAUGUUGCUGGCUUUGUUCAGUGGGGGAUGCAUUACUGUCCUUGUGUAUGUUCUCACUUCAUUUUCUGUGUUUCUGACGUUCUUUGGCUUGGCCAGUAUUGGUCUGAGCUGUCUUGUGGCGCUCUUCUUGUAUCAUGUGGUGUUUGGAGUGAAAUAUCUCGGCAUUCUCAAUGGAGUGGCAGCUUUCGUCAUCAUCGGCAUUGGCGUGGAUGACGUGUUUGUGUUCAUCAGUACGUUCAGACAGUCAGCCCACCUGACUUGUUCAUUACAGCGUAUGAUUUACACAGUAAAGACAGCAGGCCGAGCCACGUUCCUCACGUCCUUCACCACGGCAGCAGCAUAUGCUGCAAACACCUUCUCACAGAUCCCGGCGGUUCAUGACUUCGGUCUGUUCAUGUCUCUCAUUGUGAGCUGCUGCUGGCUUUGGGUGUCCAUUCUCAUGCCCGCUGCCCUUUGCAUCUGGAGCCAGUGUGGAGCUGUCCAUGCCAACACCUGUCCCAAAUGGUGGAGCACUCUUACUAAACUGUCUGCCAGUCCCAGUCCCCUCUCAGAUGAUGAUGAUGUUGCUCUAAUAACGGUAGAAUUGGAACCAGGUGUGUAUGAGUCUGAAUCGGAUGCGGCGCUGCUGUCGCUCUCGGCUGAAGCUCCUUCGGCCGCGUCCACUGAGGGCAGCGUAGGGGUGGUCAGCGCUCACCUUCAGAGGCUCCUGAGACACUGGGUGGCAGAGCCUGUAGUGGAGAAACGGAAAACCAUUAUAGCUGUGUAUGUUCUGGUUCUGCUGGGCUCGGUGUGGUGCUGUUGUCUCCUGCGGCCGGCCAGUCACGCACCUGUGCUCUUCCACAGAGACACCAACCUGCAGAGACUGCUGGAUCUGCGCAGCAACCUGAGUGCCCAGGGCAUUGCCUGCCAUAUGUGCUCGGGUGUUUUUAUGGAGCGACCUCAUAAUCUGCACAGCACUGCUGACUUCACAAGCUCUACCUCAGGGAACCAUCCCACAAUUCCCUUAAACCAGACCAAACCAGCAUCUAACAACAGCGCACAGAUGCUCGCAGGUGGUCUCCUUACUGUCUAUGUGUUUAAACUGGAGGCAGGCUCUGCUGUUCCUCUGUAUCGUUAUUCACUAAGUGCCAGUGUACCUGCACCCUGGCAGGCAUCAUCGUCUGCACACGGGGACGUGCCCUUCUUUCAGGCCUACAGCAGUCCCCAUAGCAACUUCAGCACGCGGAUGAGCGUGUGUGUGUCUCACGCGUAUCACCCGCGCCCUCGCUGGAUGCUGACUCUGCGCUCGUGUGACACCAGCCGGCGCUGGAGAUCAGAGUUUGAGUUCUACGUGGCGUCCGUCGAGCAGCAGCACAGCAGGAAGCUCUAUUUUGCCCAGCACACCAUCAGCCCGUACCCCAGUCGUGUGUGUGAGGGGCCGCCGGGGUGUGUUUUCAGCUCUGGACCUGAUGGACCAACUCAGGGCAGCUUCUACGCACCUCUACCUGCAGCUCCUGCCAAGGUUAAGAUCUCCAGGACAUCCGGCUUUAACCCCUGCAGUGGAGGUCAGUGUGGGAAACCAGCAGUGCGUCCUCUAGUGGACACCGGAGCCAUGGUGUUUGUAGUGUUCGGCAUACUGGGCAUCAACCGCACUCAGCGCUCAGACAACCAUGUUAUUGGAGACCUGGGUAGUGUGAUCUAUGAUCCAGACUUUGAUGUUUUUAAUGAGAUUGGCCACUUGUGCAAGCUCUGCAAAGCCAUCAGUGCCAAUACCAAGCUGGUGAAGCCUGGAGGAGCUCAGUGUUUGCCAUCAGGUAACAGCCUCACAUCCAUCCUGCCGUUACUCCAUCCUGAGUGUCAUUCUCUUCCUGAGCCCAACCUUUUGCCUGGCCAGCUAUCCCAUGGUGCAGUGGGCAUGCAGGGCGGCAGAGUGCACUGGAUCUCUAUGGCUUUUGAAUCAACCACCUACAAGGGAAAGUCUUCAUUUCAGACUCACUCUGAUUUCCUCCAGUGGGAGAGUUUCCUGCAGAAGCAGCUCGCAUCUCUCCCAGCAUCCUCGGCCCUGAGACGAGGCUUCCAGACCUGCCAGCACUGGAAACAGAUCUUCAUGGAAAUUAUAGGUGUGGAGAGCGCCCUCUACAGUCUGCUGCUGUCACUUGCCAUUUGCAUCGCAUCAGUAGCUGUGUUCACUGCUCAUCCGCUUCUGCUGCUGCCAAUCCUGCUGAGCAUUCUGGGGAUGGUGUGUCUGGUGGUGGCGGUGAUGUAUUGGCUGGGAUGGGAGAUGGGUGCAGUCGAAGCCAUCUCUCUGUCCAUAUUAGUGGGCUCUUCAGUGGACUAUUGCCUUCAUCUAGUGGAGGGAUAUUUACUGGCGGGGGAUGCCGACACCUCAGGACUUGCUAAUCACAAUUCGGAGUCCUCCAUCAAACGGCAGCUACGGACCCUUGAAGCAGCCAAUCAUGUGGGCGUUGCUAUAGUUUCCAGUGCCGUCACGACAGUGAUUUCAACCAUUCCGCUCUUUUUUUGUGUCAUCGUGCCUUUCGCCAAGUUUGGACAGAUUGUGGCCAUCAACACCGCAAUUUCCAUCGCCUUCACGCUUACCGUCACCACCGCACUCCUGGCCACAAUGGGACCCAGCGAUUUCACCCGGCCUCCCAGAGCCGUGCUCAAAGCCGCUUUGGUGGUCCUGAUCAUGGGGGUCUGUGGAGGUCUUCUGUGGUGGACCGGAUCACAGUUUGCUCCGGAUACACUGAUCUAAAUCACCAAGCUGAGGAACCAAGUGGAGCAACUGUGAUUAUUUGUGAUUUACGUGAACUCUUUGGAAAGCAGGUUUGGAAAAAUGAAGUAUUUAACAUAUAUGGCACACUGUUAGAAAUUAGGAAACCCAGUACGUGAAAUAGUUAACAGUCUGCAUGAAGGUAGUCCUGACAGGCGUGGGAAAUGAUGUCAGACACAUUUAGGUGAAUAACUCUGUCUUUGCUAUCAAAAAUCGCUCUGUCAGGGACUUGUGUUUAUUGUUAAUGUAUGACUAAAAGAGCUGACUAUCCCUCAGUGUUUUGUAUUUUAUUCACAACUUGGACUGAAGUGACUCAGAGGGCGCGUGAGGACGUGUCUUAUUAUGGUUAAAGUGUGACGAGGCCCUCAAGUCUCAGAAGAGGAGCACAUGAAUUCUGUGAAUUCAUCUCGUGUGUGACAGCAGGACAACAAAGAAGGAGAAACAAAGGCUACUUUUUCAUCAUCCUUGAAGGAUUGUUGUGACAGAUUUGGUGUUUUAUGUGGAAGUUAAUUAGUUGAUUUCCAAAUCUAAAAGGCCUACUGUAUGUUUUGGUUGAAGUCAACAUGAAAUGGCAUUCACAAUCCAUUUUGCUUUUGCAAUGCAUCAUUCAUGAGUGAAACAGGAUAUUUGGAAACAAAGGGUUUUAUCCAAGAUUUGGUUGUAUCCAACCCAAUCUCACGAGAAAACAUAUCUAUUUCACAAGGUGGUGAUUUUAUUUGUACAAUGAGAUUCAUAUAAAAACUAGAACUUUUAAAAGGCUGCAAAAAAAGCUGCACUUGAACGCACCACUCAGACUACAGCCGACUGCAAACUAACAUGUGCAUUCUGCACUUGUGUGAAACGAUUUAGCUGUCUAUUUAAGCAGCUUUUAAUAGUAUAUAUUCAUCAUUCAAAAGGAGAAACUGAAACAGAGAUAUAUGAGAUAAACGCAGAUAUAUGAAAAGUAAACAAAGCUGUGCUUGCUUAACAUUUUAAAGGGGUGGUUGAUUGUGAUAUCACUUUUUUUAACCUUAGUGUGUAAUGUUGCUGAUUGAGCAUAAACAAUAUCUGCAAAGUUGCAAGGCUGAAAGUUCAGUACAAACAGAGAUAUUGUCUUUUAAAUGUAUGACAGUUUAAUAGGCUCAUAGGGACUACAACAAGCUACUUUCUGGGUUGGUGAUAUUAUAAACCCAGAUAUUUACAUAAACCCUGGGAAUGUGCAGCAAAGGGGGUGAGGCAAGAAGAGGAAGAGCUGUUGCCAUGUUGUCAAAACUAGCAGUGCACACGCUCUGCUCUGCGUCUCUCUCUCUAUCUCUCCCUCUCUCUAUCUCUCUCUCUUUCUCUCACACACACACCCCACUCGAGCCCUCCUGCCCCUUUGAGCUCUGACUAAACUGCCCUUUCGGUCUGGUCUAGGUGCCCCGGGUUCGCGAUUUCUGCCGAGGGCGACCCGCGAUUAUACACUUUAUGUGUACAGACAGACAGAUAUUUUCCACAUAGCUACGAGAAGCCUUAAGUAUGGAUGCACAUGCAGUUGCUAUGGUAGCGAGCAAAGCUUGCUGGCAAAAAUUUGUUACUGUUACAAAAUAAAUAAUUACUUACAAAAACUGCUACAACGCAAUUGUGUAUUCUGCUGUAAAAGCUUUAAUCAGGAUAAAACUGUAUAUUAAAAGCUAACAUAAGCAGUAGCAUUUACAAAUCACAGCGCAUCUAAAAGAAUUAGAUAACAACAAACAAAAAUACAUAACAUUCUGAAACGUCCUGUAAGAGCCUGCUUGCACAGGUUCUGUUCGAUCAUCUUCACUAAUAUUCUCUCAAAUUGAUAAGAAAUAUUGACGACACCAUUGUUUACAAUACAACCGGAGCGUGUGUGAGGGGUGUGGCGUUUAUGAAAGCGCUUUAGCGGUUUAGCGAACCACAACACACUAGACCAGCUAACCAAUCUGAGCCCAUUGCGUAUUUUUGAGGGAGGGGCUUCAUGAAAACGAUCAGAGCGUUCAUCGGAGAAGGGACAGUGUGGUGUAGAAUAAAGGUAAAUUAUGUUAAAAAUUAUGCAUUUAAAAAACGAAGCAUUAACACAUUAGACUGCACACCAUAAACACAAUCAAGCUUAAAAAAAAAAAACCCAGUCAACCACCCCUUUAAAUAUCAGUUAUGUUGAUAACUUUCAACAUUUUAUGCGGUUCAUGUUGUUAUGAUAAUAUUUACAUAUUGGAAUGCUUGGGUAAGAUCACAUAACAUUAGAAAAGCCUUCUGUUUGUGCCGCCUCCAUUUACUUAUUUUCAUCACUUUUGCUUUAAUUCUCCAGCACUAACUCGUUUGCAAAACUAGGCAUCCAAUCAGAAUUCUCACUCACGCCAUCAGUCCCGACGCCGAUUCAACAUGCUGAAUCUGGCAAACUCCAGCCAACGUAGUCCCGCCGAGAGCCGACGUGUGGAAAAUACCAAACAAACUAGCCCAAACAGUUGACCCCCAGCUCUUGUCGGACCGUCAGGCAGCGUCUGUUGGCUUGGUGUGUCCAGGCCUUUAGAAAAAAGGCACAAAGAUCCACCCCUAAACAUGACCGUCACUGUUGCUUAAAGGUUCAUGAAACCCCGGACUACUUUUUCUGAGAUUUUAGCAGAGGUGUUUGUGUUGCACAUCAUAGAUGACAAUGUUAGUAUCCCUUAAUUUUAAUUGUUGGAGAAAACCAACAAUUUGAGCUUUUUUGCGCUAUUUUCAUCUUCCGGGUUUAAAAUCUACAUUGUGUUGACGUCUCAGUCUGUGACGUGGCAACGGACUAUAGUACUUUGAUGACGCGUCUGUGUCUCAUAAUUAUCAAAGACUAUAGAAUACCCAAGACUUAUCAUUCGUAUAGUUUUGAAUGGGGAAAGAUGCAACGCUUAUUAUGUUUCUUUCUUAAUGAAAGAGCCAAUCGUUUAUUAGUAAAAUCAGCGUCUCACUGCAGCUGCCAUUAUAAGUCCCAGUUGCUUUACGAACAGUCAGCGUUCUGAGAAGUGUGCUCAGUACAUGGCAUGUGCACCGGUUGAUCUUGUCUGAAAAAUACGUUUUUUUUUUUAAACACUACUGGAGCAUAAGGAUUUUAAAUAUGAAAUUUAAUCGUAAGCUUGAUGAACAGUUUUGGAGAAUUUGAUAUUUCCCCAUUCAAAGAAAUAGGAGCUGCACUUGCCUGCCCGAGAGGCAUUUCAAAGAUGGCCGCCGAGUAAAGUGACUUGCCUUAAAGGGACUUUGUAAUUAUUCAUGAGGCUGCGUGUUCUUAUCCUAUGAGAUUUGCCUAAUUAUUCACGAAAGCGUGUGUUGGUUUGCUAUGACAGAAGCUUCGAGAAACUUUGAGAUUGUGUAUAUUAACUGAGAGAAACAUUCAUGGAUCGAAGGAGACUGUUUUUGUUUGCUUUGUAAGAGUUCGGCACAAAAUCGAUUCAUUCAUAGAGUGAGUGUAAUAGCGGUUUCCUAACUCCUUGAUGCAGCCCAUCAGAAGGAUUAUAAAUGCUGCAAAAUAAGCCUUAAAAGUUAAGAGGUGCAACAGCGCAUUCAUAUAUAUGAUUUCGAUGCAGAGUACAAAUGGCUGUGCAUUUAUUUGUGUUGUUAACUCAAUGGGAGCGAAGAGAAACUGUCUGAACCGUCUGAACCCAAAGAUGACUCUCUCCCCUCUUCCCCCUCUGCUCCGCAGCACACCACGCCCACUUUUGUAGCAUUUUUAAAACUGUGGUGAGAACUAACCAGUGCUGAAACAGGGGGUUUCAUGACCCUUUAAAGCGGUCAUUUAGUGCAAAAUUCUUUUUUCCAUGUUGUUUGAAGUUUAGAGUUUCGUGGCUAAAUGUGGCUAAAGUUUAUAGUCUCAGAGAACGGCUCGUCAUCCCAUGGAAGAGAGGGGCGCGGGUGAGCAGAGCUCAUUAGCAUUUAAACGGACAUGCACUGAAAUGGCUCACUGUGAACAGAGUUGUUUUUGACGAGGUAAAAAGGGUGUUGUUUUACACUACCAUUGAGAAAUUUAGUAAAAAAGAAAACAUAUCAACUUGUGAAAAAUGGGCAUCCAAUGACCCCUUUAAGCUGAUCGUACAAAAAAGAAUGGAAGAGAUUGUACAAAUUCUCAAAUUCACCAAAAUCUAAAUAAGACUGUCAUUUUAACGAUUGAUUGGUAAAAAGUCAGGUUCACUCUCCACAGUGUUUUAACAUAUCACUUCGUCUUUAGUUUAAAAAACUAUAUUGGUUAAAAUAAUAAAACAAUACUAAAAAGCAAAUUUGACUAUUUUUAACAUUAACUAAUAGCAUUGUCGGGGUAGUGCAUUACAAGUAACUUGAGUUAUAUAAUCAGAUUACUUUUUUAAGUAUCUAGUAAAGUAAUGCAUUACUUUUUUUUAAAAA